AUGCGUUCGAUUGGUUGUAUUUCCCUCGUAAAAGCAGUAUACCACGAAUCUGACGUGAUGAAGAAAUCUGCGAGGAAAUCUGGUGUUAGGGUUAUAGAUUGCCAAAGUAGCGCACUUGCAACGCACCACCUUCAUGCACGCAUCGGAUCCAAGUGUAAUUCCCCGCAGAUUCUCUCACCUCAUCAGAUCCCUGGUUUCCUUCGACGUUUUUCCGUAUGUGAUAGGGAGGAGCAUGACCCUCCUGAGGAGCCGCAACCUUAUUCUUAUGUCAUUACGGUUUUUGAUGUUGAGCAUGCGAUGAGACGACGAAAAACUUAA